AUGGUCACUUUAGUACAAUUGGUAAAUGAGGAGCGCUACAAGAAUUUCCGACCAGUACUUGAUAAAUAUGUGGAGAAUUUUCAUUCCACUGUAGCAUUUUUAAAAUUAUUACCAGUUCUUCGUGAAAGAAUUGAAAAUGCAGAAGACACGCAUGAAAGAUCAUUAAAUACGAUGAAAAGUCUUGGCACCCUCAUUAAAUUGAUUGUUAGAUCAAAAUUGUGCAGUGACAGACUUGGUAUGGCGUCAAAUAAUUUCCAACUUUUGAUCAAUGAACUGCUGGAAGCAUUUGUUGUAUUUAUGCAAAAUAAACGAGUACGUAUGACUUGUCAAAAUAUGGCACUGAAACAUAUACCAGCAAUCAUUCCACAUCUUACCUACUAUGAUGUUUAUAACAGCGAUGAUCUCACGAAUUUCUUGAUACGGUUAAUGGAUCAUCUUGGUGAAAACAUAAGUUCAAGGUGUCGUUUGAAUUUCCUUAAAGAUGUAGUGCAAACAGAGCAUUUCAUCCAAGAGGAAAACCGAAAGAAGCUGUUACCGAAGAUCAUUGAAAAAGUUGUGGAAGAACUCGAAACUUCUGACUUCGUCCAUUUGCAAGACGUUGUGUGUGAUCAGUCCAAGAUGGAGGAAUGCAUUUCAGCAAGCGCUGAUAUAAUGUUUUAUAUCAUUGAGCGCCUUUUUUGCUGCACGAAUGCCGCUCAUGAGCAAGGAAGUGAGGAAGAACUUUAUUUCAUUGUAUGGAAAUCAUUUCGUACCAUAGUUCAGACGACAAUCAUUUUGAUAAAUGCAAAAUAUUCUGCUUCUGUGUUUUGCGCGCUUACGAUUACAAUUCUCAGCAAAUUGUCGGCACAAAUGUACAAAAUAUAUUUGGAAAGUCAUGCUACCCGUAUUGAUAAACAUGAUUUAUUGAUGGAACUUGUUCAUUUGUUUCGUGAUCUCAUCAACAAGUCACCAUUCCCAUCGUCUUGGUUUCAGAUGAUACUAUUACAGAAUAGGAUGAUUUUGAAAACAAUGAAAUUUAUCAUGUCGACAAUCGUUGAGCACUUUCAUGACGAUCAAUUCAAUGCUGAACUUUGGCGAGAAUACAUGUUGACGAUGGUCGCCCUUUGCACACAAAAAGCUCUCCAGCUGGGCUCAUCAACAAUUAGUGAAAGGCGAUCACGACUUUUAUCAUGCCAACCGGAUUUGAGAAGAAUAGCAGUUGCAGACUUGCGGUCUAUGUGGUUUCGAUUAUCAAUGGCCCAAAAGAUCCUGUUUGUACCGUCUAUGAUUGGUUCUUAUCUUCGAGUGGCUCUAGUUGAUGACGAUGUUGUGCGUGAAACUGUUAUCCCCAUAUUUUUCGAUAUGCUUCAAUGUGAAUUCCACUUAUCACCAUUGCGCAAUUUUUCCAAAUUUGCAAACGAGACUAUAAUACAACUAGACUGUUUGGUUGACGAAGACUGUGGCGGAGAAAAAUUCAAGGAGCAGUUGCAUAAUAUCAUGAUGGAUAUGAGCCGAUCAGAUACGGAUCUUGUUGCAGAAGGCUGCAAAUUUGUGGCUUUAGUUGAUACUCUUCUACAACAUCUUUUUGAAUAUCGUGAAGUACGAACAAAUGGUUACUGUAUAGAAAACGGAAUGGAUCGAACUGUUGAAUUGUUGAAAUUUUAUAAACUCAUUGGUCAAGCUGAUCUUUAUGUCAGUUACGUUUAUAAACUCUAUGAUCUUCACAUGCUCAGCAACAAUAAAAUUGAGGCAGCUUUCACACUUCUGAAACAUGCUGAAACAUUGUCGUGGGCGGAGUGUGAAUUACCGACUGCAGUUCUGGAUGCACAUUUAAAUCGGCAGUGUGGUACACAGCGUCAGCUCAAAGAAGCACUUUAUAAUGAAGCUGCCAAUCUUUUUGAUGAAAAAGAAUUGUGGGAAGAAUCUAUUGGUAUUUUAAAAGAACUUACAUUUCAAUAUGAAAAGAAUUAUGAAUACGAGAAAUUACCAAGUCUUCUGCAGCGUCUUGCUGAACUGUAUCACAAAGUAAGUACACAAGGACGAGUUGCAUGCACGUAUUUCCUCGUUGGAUUUUAUGGCCUCAAUUUUCCUGGCUAUUUGAACAAUCGACAAUUCAUCUAUCGUGGAAAUGAAUGCGAAGCUAUUGUCAGUUUUCGCCAUCGAAUGCUAUCAACUUUUCCUGGUGCUCAGUUAAUUAAUACAAUGGAUGAAUGUUCGCAUCUUUCGAAGCACGACAAUAAAUUUUUGCAAAUUUUCCCUGUUAAACCGCUUUUUGAAAGUUGUUGGGAAAAGAAAUGUAGCAAUCGUCUAAUUCGAUGGUAUUUCAAAAACAAUAGGGUACAAAAAUUUGAAUUUUGUAAAGGCGAAAUUCGAAAAGGAACAAAAUGGACAGAACUGGAAGAUAGCGAAAUUAUGCGGUCAUGGGUAAUUCGACGAUCAGUUUCUAUUGAAGAACAAUUGCCCAACAUAUUACGUUGGUCGCAAAUUACCGCUUUUUCUGAUCUAAUUGAAUGCUCUCCACUGAUGGAAGCUGUGACAACAAUGCAGAAAAACAAUGAAGAAAUGGAAGAAAUGGCACAUGUGGUGCUUUCUACACCUUUAGAAUCAGUUGUCCCACUGGGAGGCAAAAUUCGAGGCAUUGUGCAGGCAUUUGUACAAGGAGGAAUCAAAAACUACAAAAUAUUUUUCUCUGAUCGAUGUGCAUCAGUUUUGACAUCCGAAGAGCAUGAGCUCGUGCGUCAAUUGAGGACAUUAAUCAGAAACCAGGUACCAAUUUUGGAGUUUUGCUUAUAUGCACAUGCAUCUCGAGAUCACCAAGUGAAUGUUCAGUUUCACGAGUCCCUUGUAACUUCUUUUUACGAAUAUAAAGCAAAUAUUGAAAAGCAAUUUGGAAAAGUGGCCUCACAGCUGCCGCCGGGUUGUUCCAUCCAUCUAUCGCAACAGAAAGGAGAUGAGCGAAGAGCAAGCAGCUUUGAAACCUCAAGCACUCCGUCGGUCAUGAGUGUAUUUAAAAGAGGUGGUGGUGCUACGAAAAGUGGAAGAACAACUCCCAGGAAAUCAAGCGGUCUAAAAUCGGAUCUGAAAAGUGCGUUCGAGAAUGGAAUUGCGAAACGAAUUUCGUCGUCAUCCGAUCGCAGCUUUGACUAUAAUUCCAAUGAAAAUAAUUCCGCUUCUCGAUCGACAGUUGAUUUUUCACGUUUUGAACAUCCACUGAAAUCAAUUUCUUCGUCAUCCUUGCAAAUGACAGAAGAUGAUGCAACUCUUAAAUCGGUGAAAGUAGCCGAGAGACCAACUGAUACUCAAAUCGUACCACCUCCCUUACCUCCGCGACAUACGAAAAUAUCGCUUUUGGCUCCUCAGCAUUUCGGUACCCUUUCAUUUCCAUUGGAAGCUUCUCAUCACAAUAUAUAA